AAAAGAUCAAGAAAAUGAACAACAAGAAAAACACCAACAACAAGAACAACAACAACAGGAAGAUAGACCAGGUUGGUUGGUGCAGCAGACGACGAGAGAGCCAGACCCACAGAGUCACGUGGACCAACACCAGUCUCAGAGGACCACAGAGUCACCAGAUGGUGUCAGGGGAUCAACAGAUGGUGUCAGGGGGUCAACAGAUGGUGUCAGGGGGUCAACAGAUGGUGUCAGGGGGUUAACAGAUGGUGUCAGAGGGUCAACAGAUGGUGUCAGAGGGUCAGCAGAUGGUGUCAGGGGGUCAGAAAAUGGCGCCACAGUGUCAGCAGAUGGCGCCACAGAGUCAGCAGAUGGUGCCAGAGGGUCAGCAGAUGGCGCCACAGAGUCAGCAGAUGGUGCCAGAGGGUCAGCAGAUGGUGCCAGAGGAUCAGCAGAUGGUGCUAGAGGGUCAGUAGAUGGUGCCAGAGGGUCAGGAGACAGGUUGAGCCGCCAAGAGAACAGAAGCAACAGACCAAUAGCUGAGCCUCGUAUUGGGAAAGGAGAGGCGGGGCGAGAACACAAGGUGGCAACACAAUCUGUACGAGUGAGGACUGAAGCACCUGAGGCUGACGAAGGUAGAGCAGCGUCUGUCAGGGAGAAGAACUAUUAUCAACAAGAAACAGACCACAGGAUUCCUCAGGUUAAAGAGAAACUAUCUGAUCAGUUAACAGCAUAUGUGAAUAACUUUGAACAACAGAAUAAUGCUGAACAGUUAAGGAUUAAUGGAACGAUAUUAUCCCAAAUUGCAAGUUCAAGAAGAGAGGAUUUGCCUCAGUAUCUUCCCAGUGACGACGAGUUAUUGAGACAUUCUGAAAUAGGUGAACAAUUACCAUCAAGAACUGUUAGAACAUCAGUUGGUUCGCCACAGUUCACAAAAAGCCACAAUGAUAAAAUAAAAGUGAUGGAACCUCAGUAUAGUGGAGCAACACGUUCAUGCGUUCUUUUGCCAAACGGUACUGUUGUCUGGCAAGAAACAGAUACAUCGGUGUGUCGUGGAAAGGCGAUGAAGGCUGCGGAAGACGCGGCCAAGAGUGUAGCCAACCUCACCUCCUCCCCCGCCACCAUCAGUCCUCUCAUGUUGACCAGAGCCGCACACCAGCUGUCAGCACUAGUGGAACACGCUCUUCAGGACCCAGCAGUCGCGAGCAACAUGGUGUCAGCCUUGAGUAACCUGCUGGAUGUGAACGAUUCGGUUGUGGCAGAAGGCGAGAAAACCAGCAACGUCACCACACACUUAGUCAACACCAUCAACACUUUAGUUCAAAAUAUACCUGUUGAAGUGGGUCAUUCUGUCGACUUCAGAUCAACUAAUCUUGUACUGGAGGCGAGGCUGGUAGACGCCGCCGCCGCUACAGACAACAUUACUUUCACUCCUCUACCGACUGAUGACCAUGACAGCAGACACAAGAGAAGUAUGGAGUCUUCCCUUACACAGGAACUGUUCUUAAGACUGCCUCCACAAGUACUAAGUAAGGCAGGCCAAGACCACGUCAGACUAGAGUUUGUGUCUUAUUCCAACGAUAAGUUUUUUAGGGAUGAUCGUGGGGACGGGAUGCCUGUGAUCACUGCCAGGGUCACCAACACUGUGGUAACCAACCUAACUCAACCUGUUGUGUACCAUAUACCAGCUGGGGAGCACCACCUCCCUCUCUGUGUCUACUGGGACGACCUCAAUCACGAGUGGUCAGAGGUAGGCAUGACAACAGUGACAGUGGGAAGCAUGACAACGUGUCAAGCCACUCACCUGACAGCAUUCUCCAUCCUCUUGGACCCUUUGCCAUCUUCCUUCGGCAUCCACGGUCAGGCGCUCUCCAUCAUCACCUACAUAGGCCUGGCACUGAGCACAGCUGGCCUCACCGCUACAGUAGCUACCUACGCUUUGUUCAGGACUCUCAACCGUGACCGAAGUGGGAAAAUAGUGAUGAAUUUGUCGUUGGCGCUCCUCUUGCUCAACCUUUUGUUUAUCGUGGCAGCACAGCUGAAGCCGCCCUCACCUGCCUGUACCGUUCUCGCAGCUGCUCUCCACUACCUGGUGAUAGCUGCCUUCGCUUGGAUGUUAGUGGAGGCAGCCAACAUGUACCAACUCCUCAUCACCGUGUUCGCCUCAGCAGAGACCAACUUUAUGGCCAAGAGAGUGUUCGCUGCCUGGGGAGCUCCCAUCGUGGUAGUAGCAGCAGCUCUUAUCGCUGACCUGGACGUGUACGGCGAUGAGAGUCACGGCUUCUGCGUCAUCAGCCCCAGACCUAACCCAGCUGUCUACUACUCCACAUAUAUGGGACCCAUCUGUUGUGUCUUAAUGGUGAACUGUAUAGUGUUCGUGAUGGUGACUCGUGUGGUGUGUGGGAGACGACCUCGCUCACACAAACCUCGCUCACCCUCCACCACACCCAGUAAGGAGUCUCCCAUCACCCUAGCCCAGGUGCGGGGAGCGGUGACGGUGGUGGCUCUGCUGGGUGUUACGUGGGUGGCAGGAGCGGUCAGUGUUGGCUGGGCUCGCAUAACACUGCAGUACAUCUUCUGCGUGACCACACCACUACAGGGGGUGAUAAUAUUCGUUGUCCGUGUGGCUCAGCACCCCGAGGCUCGCGCUGCAUGGAUAACAUUGUUCACUACUGGCACCCUCAGACGCCGGCCUCCCACCACACACACCCACUCUACACAUUCUUCAGCACAUACAUCCUCAUCUGCCUUAACACCACCUCGCAACAAUCAUUCUUCACUACGAUCCAUCUCCACCAAAAUUUCACCCAGAACAUCCGUCAAACGUCCAUCUUCCGUCAAGAGAAAUGGUUCAACAGCAUACAGUAAGAAUGGAAGUGAUCACAGGUACAGCAUGGGAACAUCACGAACUACCAUGAGUACACUAUUUUCUCGCCUCGUCCAUUGCUUUAGUAAUAGUGGCUUAGAGCUUGACAAGACAAGACCCCAGGAGGAGAUUGUAAUAAAUAGUCCCACUAAACCAGUACCGACAGAAGCCACGCCUCCUCAGCGCCACGCCUCGUCUCCUCGCCAAGAGUCAUUUUUUAGUGAAACAUUGCAAGAAAAAUCUUUACACAGCAACAAGAAUGGGACUUUGUAUAGGCCACAGUCAUUAAUUAUGUUACGUCCAGAGAAUCGUGGAUUUGUUUCAGUUAAUCAGCCGUCCAAUUCCAAGGAUUGUAAUGUGGAUCAGUUUCCAGGUUUCCUCUCGAGUAAUAUUAUGUCACAAGACUUACCGGAAGCUGCCACACCACAAUCUUUGAUACCAGGCAGGUCUCUGGGAUCCCUCAUGCUACUGACGGAGGGUAAGGAGGGCGAUGACUCUUCCUGGCACUUUGUUCGUCCUCCCCCUGAUGGUCGAAGUGAUCCAGUGAAUGAAGAGGAGGAGAAGGUGCUUGAAGCAACUGACCAGAUCAUCCCACUAGCACACGUGGAACACAAGGACAGUAUGAACCCAGUAAUUGAGUCCGUGAGAACAGAAGCAGCUUUAAGGAGUGGUGACUGUGUUGUUCUUGCUGGACAGCGAGUAGCAACAAAACACUCUAUUAUGUUUUCGGGACAAGGUAAAGGAUCACAGUGGGCAGGAACUCUCAUCAGAGCCAACAGUGAAGGACAGGUGGGGUCACCUCACAUAAGUCCAUCAGACUUACGGAGGUCCGCAUCCGUGUUUACCUUGGGUGAGUGGGAGGACCCAAGGUCAUCUCUCGCUUGAAGUUAAAUACAUAACUCUUGUAUGUAACAUUUAGUCUAUCAACUCAGUGAAUAAAUUCUUAAAGUAAGACAAUAAGACUUUAUAUGAGGGAUAUUACUGUAACAAACAAGAAGAAACAUUCACUCAUAUUUACUAAAAGUGUUGGUGUGAACUAAGUGAUAGUGUUGUGUAGUAUACAGCUACUAAUACGGUGAUGUCUGGUAAACACUGGUUCAAAAACACUUUAUAUAUGUUAAAAUACUAAGCAAUAGUGUUAGUAAUUGUCAUGUAUUAAACUGACCAACAUGAGUGUGAGAGAAGAGCUUUUAUUGUGAAGCAAAUUGUGGAAUGUUCCUCCAACUCUCACUUGUAGGGGAACUGGAGCGUGUGUUGGGUACUGAGUGUGGGUGUUCGGGCAGCAUUAUGUACUGAGUGUGGGUGUACGAGGAGCAUUAUGUACUGAGUGUGGGUGUACGGGCAGCAUUAUGUACUGAGUGUGGGUGUACGGGCAGCAUUAUGUACUGAGUGUGGGUGUACGGGCAGCAUUAUGUACUGAGUGUGGGUGUACGAGGAGCAUUAUGUACUGAGUGUGGGUGUACGAGCAGCAUUAUGUACUGAGUGUGGGUGUACGAGCAGCAUUAUGUACUGAGUGUGGGUGUACGAGCAGCAUUAUUACAAACAUUAGUAACACCAACAUAGUUCGCCUCUCACGGUCUUACACUCGCAUGAAGCAUCAUGUUAUGAAUUACUGGAUCACCUCGAGGAUUUUAUAUUUUUGACUUGAUCUAACAAUGAAUACAGGGUGCUUGUCUACACUCACAGGCACAUGUGUAUGACAGGCACAUGUGUAUGACUGACGCAGGCACAUGUGUAUAACUGAUACAGGCACAUGUGUAUGACUGAUAGUCACAUGUGUAUGGCAGACGCAGGCACAUGUGUAUGACUGAUACAGGCAUAUGUGUAUGACUGACGCAGGCACAUGUGUAUGACUGAUACAGGCACAUGUGUAUGACAGACGCAGGCACAUGUGUAUGACAGACCAUGUGUCAUUGUGUAUGGCAGACCAUGUGCUGUAUGUGGAUUAUGGUGUGACCACAUGGUGUGGUGCUCACUCAUUACACCUCAGGAUAAGUUUACAAGAAUUGACCCAAUACUGUCCUGUGUUGUGCAGUAUAAUGUAUUGAGGAUAAUUACCGAAGAUUGGCCACAAAAUAUAAUGUAUUGAGGAUAAUUACUGAAGAGUGGCCACAAAAUAUAAUGUAUUGAGGAUAAUUACCGAAGAUUGGCCACAAAAUAUAAUGUAUUGAGGAUAAUUACUGAAGAUUGGCCACAAGAUAUAAUGUAUUGAGGAUAACUACCGAAGAUUGGCCACAAAAUAUAAUGUAUUGAGGAUAAUUACCGAAAAUUGGCCACAAAAUAUAAUGUAUUGAGGAUAACUACCGAAGAUUGGCCACAAAAUAUAAUGUAUUGAGGAUAAUUACCGAAGAUUGGCCACAAAAUAUAAUGUAUUGAGGAUAAUUACUGAAGAUUGGCCACAAAAUAUAAUGUAUUACUGGUAUAUUAAUUGGUGCUGUAUGUAUAUAGAUGUAAGUGUAGUACAUUGAUAGUUACUAAGCCCCCAGGUGUUGCCAAGAUCCAGUAUUGUAUUCAUAAGUGCUCUAAGUGCUCUAAGUGCUUGGUUCUCUUACUUUAUAAGUAUUGGCCACAACUGUCAUGUCAUUUUUCAUAAGGGACUGUAAACGUGUUGUUCUGAGUUUAACAAAAAAUAGGUCAGUUUGUUUAGCAUGUAACAAUGAACUAGUCUGUGUGUGCCUCACCAGCAAGUUGUGAAUAUGGUAGUUGUAGUGCUUGUUAUCUUAACACAGAUACUGCUAGUGUGGAGACAUUAGGUAUUACAUGUCAUUACAGUACUGUAUUAGUAUUGUGUUCGUGUUGUCGGCCAGCCAUGAGUGAAUCUCUCUCACUCACUGUUGUCAUUCAAUAUACAAGGUUGGCCCUCUUCAGCUCCCAGACUUUAUAGCGUCUACCAGUGUCAGCGGAAAGACCUGUGCUUCGUCCACAGGUCAACACACUCCGGCCCACAACACACUCGGUGAUGUGGGCUUAAGAAAGACGCUGUCCUUAAUGAAGAAAUUUACUCUAUAAUAUAAAACUACGUAGUGUUUUUGGUCAGUACUGGGCAUUAAUGUAUAAGCUAAUACUUAUUACUACUAAUCAUCUGACAGUCAGAAACCUUUGUGUGUCACCAACUGUUAUUGUGUACAACAAAUAAAGUAUUAUAGUAUUAUGUAAAUCAGUGUUAAGAUAAUCAGCUCUAGUUUCUUUGUGUAUACAUGUAAUAUACAUAGUAAAUAUUACAAUGAUA